GGUAGAGGAUUUUAGUAACUUUCGCCAUAAGGUUGGGAAACUCUGCAUAAAAAUGUGACUUAUUCUACGUCAAAUUACGUCAUCCGUCAGCAUCGGCUGCUGGUUGUGGUAACCUUCAACUUCGUUGUGAAACAAUUUGAUCUUUUCAAUUCAAAAUGGAUUUAUUUACAUCGAAAUCCUCGUGCAGUGCGGACGAUAAUGUGUGUUCCAAAUGUACUCAAAAAUCCUAUGCCAGCUUUUAAAAAACCUUCUGGCUUUGUUUUCAACAAUGACUAACAGUUCUAGUGGUGACUACAAUUCGAACAGCAUCUCGGCGUACGCCUUCAAGCCCUUCCAGUAUGAAGAAAUCAAACCGAACUCGAAGAGUAAAGUGCCUUACCCCAGAAGCGGCCAUCGAAUAGGUGCUGAUGCAGCCAGUCUUUACUCUUUCGGAGGAUACAACCCUUUAAUUGACGACAGCGACAAUGACGAGGUUUGGGUGCACUCGUACCCCCUUUUCCAAGAACUGUGGAGGUUUAAUUUCGCCAAGAGGGAAUGGACCAGAUACCCAAAUAGCCAUUCGUUGCCUCUUGAAUUAGCAUCAAAUGCCUUAAUUCUCCACAAGAACGUCUUAAUGGUGUACGGGGGGACAGGAUCUCCGUUUGGUUUUCGUUGCAGUAAUCAACUGUUUGUGUGUCGUGUUAAUGACAAUGAAGGCCUUAUGGAUGAGGUACAUACUACAGGACAACUGCCUUUACCUGCUUAUGGACAAGCUUUAAUUCUUCACAAUGAUUAUCUGUACACCAUUGGAGGAACUACAGGUGUUCAGUACACAUGUGAUAUUCACAGAUUAAAUCUCAAAACUCUAGUCUGGGAAAUCGUCUAUGUUAGUCGUGGAGUCAGUGACUAUGAGCCAACGGGACGUUAUCGUCACGAAGUCGGUUUCGAUAACCGAAGUAUCUACGUUCUUGGAGGAGGAACGGCCGUAUCAGCGUUUGACUUUGCCAACAUCCCUGUUUUCAGCUUGGAAAAGCGAGCUUGGCAUCCUCAGAAAACGAUCAGAGAUACCAAAAAAGGGAUUCCUCCACCACGACGUUGUCACGGCGCCGUCCAAAUAAACACGGAAAACGGUACGCAAGUCUUCAUCGCCGGCGGUCACGACGGCGAAAACGUCUUCGACGACUUGUGGCGUCUAGACUUGAAAACAUUUCAAUGGACUUACUUCGACAAGUGUAGGUUGCCGUUCCCUAUAUAUUUUCACGCCGCUGCGGCAACACCAGAAGGGCGACUCUACAUUUUCGGCGGAAUUUGUAGUAAUAACGAUAACGACGUCAGGCGGAGCAAUUGCAUGUAUUCAACGUGGCUGUGCAUACCUAAGCUUAGUGAGAUAUGUUGGGAGGCCGUUUUGCAUUACAGUCCACAUAUCGUGGAUUGCAAGAGUGAGGAUCUGAUCAAUGUAGGAUUACCGAGACACUAUGUACAAAGGCUAGGCAAUAACACGUCACCAUCAAACAGAGAACAAUAAGCGGGGGUUUAUUAACUUAAGUUCUCUUGCGACGAGAAUUUUAUUUAUUUUUAUUCUCUCUAUUGAUCAAAUAAAUUAUUUAAUAACAA